CGGCCCCGGUACCACUCUGUCUGCGAGAUCUGCGGCACCAGGGUCAUCUGGAAGAACGGCGUCAUCCUCGGCUUCGCGGCGUUCAUCGGCUCCGGCAUCCGCCACUGCUUCACCCGCAACCUGGUCCCCCACCUGCCCCACUUCUUCUCGUCCCACCUGGUGCUGCUGGGCACCGAGGCCGCCGCCUGCCUCUUCGUGUGCCUGACUGCCGAGCGCUUCGGGCGCCGCGCCAUCCUCCUGCUCUGCACCGUCCUCACCGGCAUCUCCUCCCUGCUGCUGCUGGCCCUCACCCAGUACCUGCUGGAGCUCAUUGUCCUGGCGCUGUCCGUGGUGGGCACGGCCGCCUCCCACGCCGUCACCGUGCUCAGCAUCUUCUUUGCCAGCGAGGUUCUCCCCACCGUGGUCAGGGGCGCCGCCCUGGGCUUGGUCCUGGGCGCCAAUUUCGUGGGCAAAGCCGCGGCGCCCAUCACCGCCAUCCCCAACAGCCGCGGCUUCUUCCUGCACCACGUCGUGUUCGCCUCCUUCGCCAUCCUGGCCGUGCUCAGCAUCAUGUUACUGCCCGAGAGCCAGGGCCGGGCCCUGCCCCAGUCCCUGAAGGACGGCGAGAGCCAGCGCCGCCCGCCCCUGUUCCGCCGCCCCGCCCGCGAGGACCACCUGCCCCUGCUGCCCCCCCAAGCCAUUCCCCACGACUAUUCCCGCCUGGCCGCCUCCACCAAGAGAAUGCUGCGCUCC